CCGGGGCUGAGCCGCCGCCGCGCCCUCAAUCCUAGGCGAGGCCUCGGAGCGUCCAGCCGCGCCUGGCCUCGGGCGGAGGGUCCUCGCCCCCGCCGCCUUCCCGCUCCCCGGCCCCUGGAGCAGCACCUGAGCCGCAGCCCAAACCCAGGCCCGCAGCGGGUUUUACCCACAAAGAUGAACUGGACAGCUGCCACUUGCUGGGCUCUGCUACUGGCCACAGCCUUCCUCUGCGACAGCAGCACAGCCAAAGGUGGCCGUGGAGGAGCUCGGGGCAGCGCCCGUGGAGGGCUGCGUGGCAGUGCUCGCGGGGCCUCCAGGGUGCGUGUGAGGCCUGCACCCCGCUACGGCGGUUCGGGCUCAACUCUGCGCGUGGCAGCGGCAGGGGCUGCAGCGGGGGCUGCGGCGGGGGCUGCAGCAGGGGCAGCAGCCGGCCUGGCUGCAGGCUCUGGCUGGAGGAGGGCCACCGGGCCAGGGGACCGUGGCCAGGACGACGAGGACUGGGCACCUGGUGGCAAUGGGACAGGUGGGGGUGUGUACAGCUACUGGACCUGGACUUCAGGUGCAGAGUCCACCCCCCGCCUGCACCUCUGCCUGCUGCUAGGUGGUACCCUCGGAGCCCUGGGCACCCUGGGGCUGCUACAGCCCUAGGCCCAGCUGGCUUGGGAUCCACAUCCUGGCCCCCAGUCUGACCUUCUCCACAGGCCCCUCAGGCUGCCCCAGGGGCCACCAGCUUUGAGCACCUCUUCCCUCCACUGCCCACAGUCCUCAUGCCCUGGAGGACUCCACCCUCCGCCUAAGCCUGUCCCAACCUCCCAUCUCCCACCCUACCCUGAAGCCAGCAGCACCCAGCUCCAGGAUGUCAGGGUCCCCCAAGGGAGGCAGUUGGCCGUGGCUCCUGCUCAGGCCUGCAGGCUGGGAGGUGCCAAGACCAGGCAUUCAGGCCACUCCUGUCUCCUGGCCUGCUCUGGACAGAAGAGUAUAGACAUGUGUUGACCAACCACACAAAGGCCACCUUCAGAUCAAGGACUUCUCACAGAGAAGCUGCAACGGACUUCCCACGGGAGCAGAAUGUCAGCAGGAGAGGAACGUUCAACCAGGCUGCAAUGAGAAAUGUCAGGUGCUAACCACCUGCCUAGAGCAGGUCCUGAGGACUUCACAGCCCCACAAUGUUCCAAGCAGGAAAGCCAUCCAUGCCAGAAAUGCCCACUGUGGUCCUCAGCUCCCAGGAGAACACGCCUUGGGAGGCCAAGGCAGCAUCCCUCUCUUCCUAGUAGACUCCCCACAAGACACUCUGCCAGGGAAUGGUCUCUACCUUGGAGCCAGUGGGCCCUAAGGACUCAUUCUGGGGGAAAAUCCACAUUCAAGAGCAUUCCAUUUUCUUGGAACUUUAGGUCCACAUCCAGGGACCACUCAGGGGCCGCAGCUGCCAAUCCCACUGGGUCCCUACAUUUCUGGUGAGCAGCAGCAGCUCCCAGCAGGUGGCCCCUCUCUUGGAAGCAGAUGGACCAAGUUGAGGCAGAGGGGCCUUGGUGAGGUUGUGGCACAAGUGGCGGAGGACAGACAGGAGAAGAUGGUGGUUCGUCAGACCUGGGGCCACCCACAGGUCCUUGGAGAAAGGCUGACCAAAGCAGUGGAGCCUGCCUCCAGCAGGUACAAAGACAAGAACAAGUCCGGGCUCAGGACAGAAGGCUGAGUGCCCCACCACCACCAAGGCCAUCUGACCAUGGACAUCCUGAGGGAAGGGAUACCCAAAACAGCCUCAAGAUGCUGGGCAGUCCUUACAAAGAUUUGCCUCCAGCUCCCAAACACGUCACGCAUAGACUGGCCCCAUGUGUCUCCGGGGCCCACCAGCACAGCACCCGUGAGCCCAGCUCAAGGGUUCCCAGCUCUGCCAGGUUAUCUCUAACCACCUGAGGCCAGCUCCUAGGUGCUCUUGUGAGACUCUCGCCAUAGCCAGUCUGCUUCUAGGACUUGCCCUCACCCUGGGACCAAGCAGCCUUUGGGCUUAGCCAGAACGCUGCUGAGACCAGCAUCUCUCCAGUCAGCACAUGGCUCCGGUUUGCGGGUGAUUUCAAGGCUACUGGCAAGAUCUGGGCCAAAGAGUGGACACAGCGCCCUCAUCCUCUCAUCCACACUGCCAGUGCUCAGGGCACAGCCAGCCCCAGUGCGCCUCCAUCCCUUCCAGACCGAGCUGGACGCCACCUAAGACCAGCAAGCCAAGGCCAAGCCCACCCGUCCCUCAAAAGCAGUCGAGAUUCCUCUACCAUCCAGUCAGUACAGGGCGACCACCAGAGCCCUCUCAGCUUCUGAGAUGCCUACCAGGAUGGGCUGCACUGGACCAAACCCUCGGACACUACAGCGCAUGGAUGUCAGAAUGUUCCAGAGGCACCAGCCUCACUCAGUGUGUUUAGCAUCUGACACAGCCAGGAACCUCUGAGUACCUCCUCGGCAGGAGGCGGGCAAUGCUAAGGGUUGCCUUCAGAAUGGCCCAAUCACUUGGCAGCUGCUAUGGGAGGCACCACUGAAGACCAGCCCCUGGGAGCAGCCGCCCACAGUGUGGAGAGGGUCAGAUGAGCACCAGAGACUGGCAGAAGCUCAGGCCAGGGCACUGUCGACAGAUAAGAUCAGAGCGAUUCACCAGGUCCAGGUCCAGGUCCAGGAGCACCUCCUGUCCGUGCCAGCCCAACCACCCUGCCUUCAAGAAUGCAGGUUACUGACAGCAACAUUCCCUAUACAACACUGGAUGGGUCCUCAGCACCUCCUCUGGGUCCCCCUGAAGCAGAGGACCACUGUCCCAUUGGCUAGGAAGUGGUCUGGGUCCCCUUGAAGCACAAGGCCAUUGUUCCCUUGGCUAGGAGGUGGCUAUCCAUGCCCCUGGCCUGCUGUACAGCUGAGCUAUGGGCAGUGGCCUCCCAAAGAACAGAGCACUGAGGGGGAGUCAGUCCUUGGGUUCCACAACUCUGAACCCUUUGUCCAUGUUUAUGUAUGCACUUAAGAGCGAAGUUGAGUGAAAUAAAACCCUGCGCUAGGAACAAGACUCUUGGUCACUGCAGGGCCACAGGACACUGACAGCCCCAUCCCUGACCUGCCUGUCCAGCUUUCACUGGUGAGAGGGACUUCAACAUGUGGGCCCAAGGUAGCAUGGGUGUGCAAUGAAAGACCAGAAGAGACGGACCUUUUCAUCCAGAACUUUAAACAUUACGAUUGCAGUUUAGCUCCUCAAGACAGCAUUAACUUCUCCCUAGAGACACUGAGCAGGAACUGCUCACCAGGCCAGGCACACAGGCCUGUUCCACAGGGCUGGCCAGGCCACAGUGAGCGGGAGAGCAGGGCCUAAGUCACAGUGACCAGCAUGGUUGAUUCUGGAGAAAAGUGGGUAGUCCUGACCCUCAAACAUCCUGUCCACAUGAGAUCCAGGAAGCCUGCCGUCAGCAGGAGGGCAGCCCUGUAGAACGUAGAACGUCACGGUCCAGCAUCACUGGGCCAAAACACCCACUGCGGAAGGCCCGGAGGAAGUCGCAGGCUGCCGCAGAGUAGUUGGGCUGGACGACGUUCACA